AUUUUUAUAUAGUUUCAGAAUUACAAUGGUAAAAUUGUAACUACUAUUUGCUAACUUUAAAAAUAACAGGGUAUGAAGAAUGGAGUUCACGACAGAAUUUGGAAAUGACCCUUCCAUCUCAGAGACAAGUUUCUUUCAUUCCCUCGGGCUACAAACGGCCGACCGGACGGACGAUUUGUCUCAGAUUAAUUCGGCGAUCGAGGAUUCAUCCUUGGGAAGAAAUAUUGAAACGAUGUCUCACCGUGAGCAUGGAGCGGGUCAAAGCAGUGAUAUGUCCUUCUUCGAUGCAAUAGGUUUAUAUUGGGUUAACCCGGCCAGUGACAAACCUGAGGACUGGAUCUCAGAAUCUGAAGCUACCCCUAGUCCUACCCAGAGCUGGAACCGUCCUACUAAAUCUGAGGACUGGAUCCCGGAAUCUGAAGCUACCCCUAGUCCUACCCAAAGCUGGAACCGUCCUACUAAACCAGAUGACUGGAUACCGGAACCUGCAGCUAGUCCUAAUUCUACAAAGAGCUGGAACCGUCCUACUAAACCAGAUGACUGGAUACCGGAACCUGAAGCUAGUCCUAAUUCUACCCAGAGCUGGAACCGUCAUACUCCAUUAUGCCCGGAGAGCUGGCUCCGAGGACCAACCAACCAGACCCAGGACGGAUCCCAAACCUCGUGGUUCCCGGAUGAAGGGGGUGAAAAGCUGCCAGAUCCAAUUUUUCCUGUUUUAAAGCUACCAGAACUAGAGCAGAAUGGGGUUGAUGAGUUGGAUUUUCUGACUGUUCUUGGACUAACGAGAGUAGAGGCCCCGGAGAGAAAUAGAUGGAGGCUCUGGAAUCCAGAGGAGGAUGAGUCAUGGGUAGGUGGGGAGAAUAUACUUCCUUCUGAUUAUCAUAGAGAACCUGGAGACACAGAUCCUACAGAUAUAGAGAUACAGGCUCAUCAUAUAGGAAAGAAGAUAAUCGAAGAAAAAGAAGAUUGUUCUAAAGAAAGUUCUGGUAAAUUUGACUGCCAAUAUUGCAACCGGACCCUGUCCUCAGAAGUGGUUUGGCGAAGGCAUUUAAAUUCCGAGUUGCAUUUUAAGAAUUCAGCAAAGCAUGACACAGCAGAUUCCAAUUGUCAGUUAAGAAAUUCCAAAUUUACUCCAAUUCUACGAGAUCGAAUGAAACAAACCUCUGACAGAAAAUCUUCCAAAGAAAAUCGAACAAAUUCCGCGAAAACAGACAGAGCACAGGACAACGAAAUAGACGAAACACGGACUAAGGACGAAGAAAUAGAGGAAACAAGGGCUAAGGACGAACGAUCUGAAUUAAAGUUAAGAAUGGUUGAGUGUGAGAGCUGUGGAGCCAGGGUUCAAUCCCAUCAGUUCCCCAAACAUCUGAUCUCUCAUUUCCACUAUCAUAGAUCUAUCGGCCACCCUAGCUCUGAUCGCCUCAUUCUUGAAAACUUUGACGGGAUCGUUCGGCAAUCUCCCUUUCAGUGCCAACCUUGUCAGUUUUACUGUAACUGGCAUCGGGAUUUGGUUGAUCACGUCUUAUCUCAUUCCGCCUCUGGGCCUUACUGGUGCGUAAUCUGCAUCAGAAUAUUAACUAGUGAUAAAGAUCUCAGCGAUCAUCUGCAAUCUGAUGAUCAUCUGGAAUUAAUUUCUGUGAUAAAUCGAUCCGUUCCAGCGAUCAUAAAGAAUCUCCAGCUGUUCCCUUGUGAUAUCUGCAAGAGAAAGUUUCGAUUAAAUUUAGCGCUGAAGAAGCACAUGACAAGUGUUCACGGAUUGACCGGCUACCAGCUGAAAGGUCAUCAGAAGUAUUCUUGUAAUUAUUGCGAAUACUGGAGCUACAAGCAGAAAUCUGUUCAAAUACAUUCUUUUCUAGUUCAUCCUCGAAAAGAUUUGAAGUACAAGUGCACUAUCUGCCGGACUGAAUACAAGACUGCCGUACUCCUGAAGCAACACAGAAACACGGGCACACACAGGGAAUCUGUAGAGCGUUUAUCCAACCCAGAUCAGCACCAAACCAAUCCAUGUAACUUCUGUGGAGAAGAGUUUCAAGGAAUAGAAUGUUUAAAGUUACACAUGCAAACUCAACAUUUAAGAGUUCUGCCACAGUGCAGCCUUUGUGGAGAAAUAUUUCACUUUACUCAGCAAUUAACAGGUCAUAUUCAGCAAAGCUGUUCUUCAAAAUCUGGAAUACUUGCCUAUGCUGGAAACUAUCCCUGUGAUCUCUGCAACUUCUCAACAGACAACGAACCGCGUUUCAACAAGCACAGACUGAACAAGCACAAGCAGAUAAUUCAAGAAACUUCUUCAGAGUUUAGAUGUGAUAAUUGUUUCCGAAAGUUUGUCUCGGAGGAACUUCUCUCUUUGCAUAAUCUUAAACAUCAUAAGGUUGAAGAACUGUUUGCCUGCAACUAUUCUAACUGUUUAUAUCAGACUACCAAGAAGAAACUGUUCAGCCUGCACAUCAAGAGAACACAUUCAAACAAGGAAAACAUAUUCUCUUGUGAUCAGUGUGACAAAACUUUUCAAACUAAACCUGGAUUAAGGAAUCACACAGAGAGUAAGCACAUGGGACGCAAGGUUGAAAGUUUCUCGUGUACCUACACCGGUUGUGAUUUUGUGGCGGGAUUUCUCAGUGAUUUGGAGCGUCACAAGUUUAAGCACAGUGCUGACAAAUCUAUUUUCUGUCAAACUUGUGAUUUUUCUUGCAAAAGGAAGAGUGAGCUCACCCGCCAUUAUAAACUGAAACAUUCCGAUAGUCCGCCUUUACACUGUUCUGAGUGCACCUAUACAACCAGGAAUACAAGUCACAUGACCCGCCACAGGAAACUGGUUCACAGUCAGGCUACAGGGGAUCCACCGGUCAACUCAUUUAAAAAUAUUGAUCCUUGCAAUCUAGUUGUUGUUCCUAGAGAACUUAUUGAGGAGCAAAUAGUUCUAUAAUGGAGCAGUAAAUAAAAAAAUUAAGCUUAGUUUUUACUGGUGUAGAUGAUUGUAAAAUUGAGCAGAUAAUUAUAUUAUGAAGCAUAUAAUUUUAUAAUGGAGCAAUAUUUUAAAAUGGAGUGGAUAGUUUAUAAUUCUAGUUCUAUGAUGGAGCAGAUAUGUUACAAUUGGAGCAAACAAUAUAUGAAAGUGGAGCAGAUCUUCUGAACUUGGAAGAUUAAGCGAUCUUGUUAUGGAGGAAAUCUGAUAUAUUUAAAGCAACCAAUCCUGUAAUUGGUUUGAAUGUCAGAAGUGGAACGAUAAUGGAGCAAACAACCUUAAAAUGCAGCGAAUGUCUAUAGAUUGGAGCAGAUCUUUUAAAUUUUGAGUAAGCAAUGUUUACUUGGAGCUAACAUUCGUAUAAAGAAGUGUAUCUAUUGGAAAAGGGUUCAACAUGGAAUAAAAUUCGUGUUGGAGGUUAUCUGUGAUAUUUUAUCUAGUCAGUAGUUUAUGAAAUAAUUCUGAUAAACCAGAAUAUCUAAUUUCAGA